AUGCCUACUGAAUAUUGUCCAUUCACAUUAUUAGAUGAUAAGAAUUAUGAUAAAGAGUUUCUUAUUACAACACAAUUCAAUGUUUUUCGCAAUCUUUCGAAAUAUUCACCAAGUGGUUACAUGAUUAAUACAUGGAUUGGAUUCCCACAGUAUACAAAAUGGGCUGCUAUGUUAGGCUAUGAAGUCAAUAUAGAAAAAAUCUUUAGUUCUGAUUUUUUAUAUUUCUGGCAAACUCGAAUUGCGCUUGGCUCUCGACCAAUUUCUCAUUUACAAUUAGCAGGAAGCUGGGAUAAAUUUGAAGAGUAUUUUAGUUAUUGUUCUGUUGUUGGUUGUACACCAAGUAGUGAAAUAGGUGGAUUCUGGAAUAAAGAUGAAAAUAUGAACAAAGUCAAGCCAACUUAUGACAAAUGGAGAGAACCAUUGAUGGAAAUGUUAACCGAAACAACAUUUCUAGCAAAUGGAGGUGGAAAAGUUAAGUUUGUUAAUGAUGAAUGGGGUGUUUUCUGUAAAAAAGAUGGAACAUGUUAUGCAUCAUUUGCAAUCAGAAAUGAGUCCACUGAUUACAUAGCAACAGUUGACAAAAAUCCCGAGUGUUUCUUUGUACCAGAAGGUGUUACAUGUAAAACUGAUGGAAAUAACGUUACGAUAAGCAGCAAAAACAAGUAUCGUUCAGCAAUCAUCAAAUUUGAUGGAGUUGUAUUAGAAGAAAAAAGUAAAGUAGGUUUAAUUGUUGGCCUUACAAUUUUCUUUGUAAAAUCAGCAAUUUCUUUUUCGAAUUCGGAUUUAGUGAUUUUCAAUACAGGUCUUUGGCAAAACAAUUCUUUUGAAUAUUCGUCUGUUACAUAA